AUUAAAUCCAAGCUACCUAAGAUCCGAAAGAAGCGCUUGCCGGUCGAUCUGGCUCUGGAGACCACGUUCUGGCAGCUGUGGACGGGGGCCGACCUGGAUCCCAACCAAAGACUCGGUUCCCCAGCUGUUGAAGGGAGCCGGUCCUUUUUCCUGUCCUACGAUCAGCCCAUCCUGUCCCCGCUUCGGCCGGAGGAGCGAUCCGCCAACCUCUCGCUGAGCAGUUUAUACGGCGGAGCUUUCAGCCCUGGCUCCUCCCUGGAGGGAAUAUCCUUUGGAAGCGAUCUUCUGCUGGAGUCUUCCUUAGAGCGCAUCAUGGCUAGGAAGGCUUCUGCCUCUCCCACCUGGUCGGGACAGAGCUCUUCAGAAGGUCUCCCGUCUCGUUUGCCUUCGCGAGGUCCAUCUGGGUUGUCCUCGCCUUCCUCAGGCCCGUGUGAGCCUGAAGGAACAGACUCCCGACCUUACCUGAGGACACCUGCAGGAGAACGUCUACCGGAGACCCAGUUGGAACCUCUUACCCCUCCAAACUCACCUUCGGAGGAACAGGAUGGGUCAGACGUUGUUCAGAUCGUUGAACCAGAAGAAGAAGAAGAAAAAGAAGAAAAAGAAGAAGAUGGAACCAAGACUCUUUCCUCCACUGCUUCUGGUGAAGAGGCGACUCAGUCGGCACCCAUUACGACGUCUUUGCCGGAUCAGAAAGGAUCCGAACCGCGGGUAUCGUCUUCUUUCGAAGAAGAAGAAGACCUGGGUGAAUCUCCUUCACCUGCCCGAUCGCUUUCUGUGGACGAGGAUCUCCCGUCGAGGGGAUCCUCUGCAGAAGCUCAAGAUCAGCAGGAGUCCGUGCCCACCUCCUAUCCCAGCGGGGAGGAUUUAGCCGAAGGCCCGUUGGAUCAGCAGAGGAUCCCAGUGGUGGUCUUGACGACCGUUUCUUCGGAGGUGGAAUAUGGAGAUCAAGAGGAACCUCCUCAGCUUCCCACCUCGGGGUUCCAGGACGUGAACCUCUUGGAGUCUUCCGAAGAAGAGGAACGUCCUGGAUUGGCUAGCUCUCCUCUUGUGGAAUACGGCCAGGAGGAGAGGCCGACGUUGGAGGAUUUAUGCUCGCCGCGAAGGUCAACGUUGGUUCUGCCCUCCCGAUCGGUUUCUGGAGAGCUGUACAAACUCUUUGCCCAGAUCCAGUCCUAUGCCUUGCCUCCGGAACCCGAGGAGGAUGCUUCCACGGAGGAGGAGGAGGAGGAGGAGGAGGAGGAGGUGCUCACGAGUAGCAGAGAAGGAACCACGGAACCCAUCUUCAUAACUCAGGUGGGUGAGCCGGCGAGAUGCCAGAUGACAGGUGGUCUUCCAUCGACGACCGCAAUUGAGGCCCAAAAUCUCUCUGUUGCUAAGCGAGACAGUUGA